CGCGAUGCCCUUGGUAACCAAGAGGAGUCACGUGACAGGAGCGGGAUUGCAGCUGAGAGAAGGAAGCGAAGGAGCCAGCGGCGUCUCUUGAGCAAUCUCCGCCGACCACCCCGGGCAAGAUGUCAGGCAAAGACAGGAUCGAGGUUUUCCCUUCGCGGAUGGCUCAGACCAUCAUGAAGGCCCGUUUGAAAGGAGCCCAGACAGGUCGCAACCUCUUGAAGAAGAAAUCUGAUGCUCUGACUAUGAGAUUCCGGCAGAUCCUUAAAAAAAUUAUUGAGACAAAGAUGUUGAUGGGUGAGGUGAUGAGAGAAGCAGCCUUUUCUCUUGCUGAGGCAAAGUUCACAGCUGGAGACUUCAGUACAACUGUGAUUCAGAAUGUGAACAAAGCUCAGGUCAAGAUCAGAGCUAAGAAAGACAAUGUAGCAGGUGUGACCCUGCCAGUUUUUGAACAUUACCAAGAAGGAGGAGACAGUUAUGAGCUGACUGGUUUAGCCAGAGGUGGGGAGCAGCUGGCCAAACUGAAAAGGAACUAUGCCAAAGCAGUAGAACUCCUCGUGGAAUUGGCCUCUCUGCAGACUUCGUUUGUUACACUAGAUGAAGCCAUCAAGAUAACCAAUAGGCGUGUGAAUGCUAUUGAGCAUGUGAUUAUUCCCAGGAUUGAACGUACACUCUCUUAUAUCAUAACUGAGUUGGAUGAGCGAGAGCGAGAGGAGUUUUACAGAUUAAAGAAGAUCCAGGAGAAGAAGAAGAUACUGAAAGAAAAGAAUGAAAAACUGCAAGAGUUGCAGAGGGCUGCUGGACAGCUCCGCGAGCCUGCUAAUUUGCUUGCGGAGGAAAGGGACGAAGAUCUUCUCUUUGAAUAGCUGUGGACAUCUGUUAUAAUGCAGGACUCAGAACAGUGAGUUUGAGAUACAGUUCUGGACACAUUGUGAUGCUUUUGUGGCUCUUCAUUUGGUGUAUUAGCCUGUGCUAUCCAGUCUGGAUUUAUUCCAAGAUUUUUUUUCUGUUGUGGAAAAUAGCUGGUUUGUCCAUUGAACACAUGCAUGAAGCAGAAACAUUUCCAGUUCUACUUAUCUCCAUUUAAUUUAUUUGGCAGAGAAGUAUUGACACUUCUGCUUCUGCUGUUCUCUCAGCUGUACUUAACUUCAUUUCCCCCACAUACUGCCAAAUUCUUGUGAGCAAAGUUCCUUGUUUUGACCUGCUUUGUGUUCACAAGUGACAGCAACUGUAAUAACUUAUUAAAUGAACAGGCUUUUUUCUUCAAAACCCAAUUAAAAAAAAUCUGUGUGAUCUCAUUGUAUCUUUUUGUUUCUAAAAGAAGGAAUGGUUUCCAUUUUAUGUUGUAUUUGCCAACUCAUCUGUGCUGUAAAAUCAGUAAAGGAACCUGUGUCUAAA